CGUGUGCAGCACGUCCAGCAUGUUGUUUGCCUGGGCUCUCUUCCCUGCCCUCCUGGGCCUGGCAGACUCCUGCUGUUUCGUCGUGCCCCGCAGUGAGUGGAAGGCCCUGCCAUCCGAGUGCUCCAAGGGCCUGAAGAAACCAGUCCGCUACGUGGUGAUCUCACACACAGCCGGCAGCUUCUGCAGUAGCCCAGACUCCUGUGAACAGCAGGCCCGCAAUGUGCAGCUUUACCAAAUGAAACAGCUGGGCUGGUGCGAUGUAGCCUACAACUUCCUCAUUGGAGAGGAUGGUCAUGUCUACGAAGGCCGAGGCUGGACCAUCAAGGGUGACCACACAGGGCCCAUCUGGAACCCCAUGUCUAUCGGCAUCACCUUCAUGGGUGACUACUCACACCGGGUACCUGCAAAGCGGGCUCUCCGUGCUGCCCUAAAUCUUCUGAAAUGUGGGGUGUCUGAGGGCUUCCUGAGAUCUAACUAUGAGGUCAAAGGACAUCGAGAUGUGCAAAGCACUCUGUCUCCAGGUGACCAGCUCUACGAGAUCAUCCAAAGCUGGGACCACUACCGAGAGUGAGAUCUUGAGACCUUGUGGAGUUCCCACCCUGAAAUCCCUCCUACCACCUGCUGCUUCCC